CAGGGGCGGACUGACCAUUUGGAAACUCGGGUACUGCCCGAGGGCCCGGGGUCAGUAGGGGGCCCCAUGAGAUGCCCCUGGUACCUUUUUUAUAGGCUUUUUUGAGUUUGGGCAAGGACACAGGGGCCCCAUGAUCCCCUAUUACCCGGGGGCCCAUGAGUUGUCAGUCCGCCCCUGACUAUUGGGCUCAUCAGUGGAGCCUCAUAAGUGCACAUCAGUGCAGCCUCAUCAGUGUCCAUCAGUGCAGCCUCAUCAGUGCCCAU